AAAAAAAAAAAAAACCUAAUUAGUUGUGCUAAUUUAUUUUAAAACCGCUUUUAACGGUUCAAGUGUUGAUUUAUACACGUCUUUGCUUUCGCAUUGGUCAGACCAUAAAAAAAUAAAAAACCAAUAACAUAUGAAAUUAGAUUCAAUCAUCACCGUGUCAAAUAAGACUCAUUAUUCAUCAUCAUCAACUUCUUUUAUCUGUUCCCAAUUAAAAUUUCAAGAAAUUAGGAUCAGAUUACAUUAAUUGAUAGGAAUUAAGGUGAGUAUAUAUCAUCUAAAUUAUAAAAUGAGCGUGAUUCAAAUCCUUUUUCGGGUCGAUGAAAUCUGCAAAAAAUAUGAAAAAUACGACGUUGACAAACAAAGGGAGCGCAAUGCUACUGGUGAUGAUGCCUUCGCACGUCUCUACGACACCAUCGAGUCUGAUAUCGAGAAAGUCAUUCAUAAAUCGGAGAUUGUGGCAAGGGAGACGAAUAGGGCAAAGGCGGUGGCGAUGAACGCCGAGAUAAGACGGACCAAGGCCAGGCUAUUGGAAGAUGUUGCCAAGCUACAAAAAUUGGCUUACAAGAAGGUAAAAGGACUCUCAAAGGAUGAUAUGGUUGCUCGAGGUGACUUGGCUAUUGCGUUAGGAGAAAGAAUUCAAGGAAUUCCCGAUGGAGGAAACAAUGCCAAAAAUGAUGGAUGGGCGAGUUCAAGCAAUCCUAAUAACAUCAAGUUUGAUAUGCAAGGAGAUACACACUUAAACGAUGGGUUUUUCCAAGAAACGGGGCAAUUGAGUCAAUUUAGGCAAGAGUACGAAAUGAGGAAGUUGAAACAGGAUGAAGGUCUAGAUAUCAUAUCUGAAGGACUCGAGACUCUGAAGAAUUUGGCGCAUGAUAUGAAUGAGGAACUAGAUAGACAAGUUCCCUUGGUUGAUGAAAUCGAUACAAAGGUUGACAAGGCCAACACUGAUUUAAAGAACAACAAUGUCAGGCUCAAACAAACACUUCACCAGAUAAGAUCGAGUCGAAACUUUUGCAUUGAUAUCAUCUUGCUGUGUGUGAUUUUGGGCAUUGCAGCUUAUCUAUACAAUGUUUUGCAGUGAAACGAUUUCAGAGCUUUCAUGGACUCUGGCAAUGGUCUAUAUGUUACCAAAUUCAUUGGUUUUAACUAUGCAUUUCCACAUUGUUAUGUUAUC